AUGCAACAUACUGCCACUUAUGAUAACCAAAACGGCAUUUAUAUUUAUGGGGGUGCUUUCAAUGGUAGCAUACUAUUUAGCGAUUUUUUCUAUUUGGAUAUUACGACUCAACAAUAUACCAGCUUACCCACUACUGGUAUCCCGCAGUACGGGCACACCGCCUCUCUACUCAGUAAUGGCAAACUUGUCAUUAUUGGUGGUGUAGUUGAAGACCCUAACGGCGAUAGAGCGUUGAAAUCAAUGUCUAGUGUAUUUGUAUUUGAUACAAAAUCACGUACCUGGGAAAAUGUCAAUGUUACUAGUCCAGGUUUACCAUCAAGUAGAGCAUCUCAUUCAGCUAUAGUUACUUCGGACGAUAGAAUCAUCAUCUUUGGAGGUGAUAGUGGAAGCGAUGAAAGGAAAAGAAUGUAUUUGAAUGCGAUUGCUAUUUUAGACACAAAGGCCUGGACAUGGACUGUACCUUCCGUUCCUGGUAUCCCUCCUUCCAGACGUUCUUAUGCUGCUGCUGGUCUUUUAAACGAAAACUACUUGACUGUUGCAUUUGGCACAGCACGGAAUAUCCUCUUCAAUGAUGUGAAUGUAUAUGAUAUUGCUGGCAACAAAUGGAUUCAGUCUUUCGAUGCCAAUGAUAAUCACAGAUCCGGAUUAUCAGGUGGCAUGAUCGCUGGUAUAACAGUGGCCUGUGUUGUCCUUCUCGUUAUCAUCCUAUUUUUACUUUGGAAAUUUCAACGUUAUGUCAGGUGGACUCUCAGUCGUCUUCAUCGUGAUAUUUGGAAGCCACGUACUGGUGAACCCGUUUGGGCAGAGACUACUCGAAUCAUUUUCCAAGUCCUCCUAUUCUUCAUUUUUAUUGUUUUUCUCGUAUUCGUUCUUAACCAAGCUGUUAGUAGUCCGAACAUCACUCAAAAGAUUGUGGAACCUACUGGAACUGUCCAAGUCCCAGAUGUACGUAUCUGUCUCGACGGAUAUCCUACUUAUCCUCCAACCGACUUUAGAAGUCCUGGUGUCACUUGUCAGACAGAUAUUGGUUACUCAUGUACUCAAUUUGUUCGUCCAUUGAACAUGUCUGUUUUUCAGCCCACUUUUGCUGAUAGCUUCGGUUCUGUCAGUUGUUUCCUUUUUAGAUCGCCUACUGAGUUCAUUCUUACAUCUACUUCGGGUAAAAAUAAUGGGUCCAGACUAUUGUUCAACUUUUGGGGAGACCAAACAAUCGAGUAUGGAGGUAUACAUGUAUCUAUCUAUCCAAAGAAAAUGAACCCCAACACCGCGGUUUAUAACAUUUUGGAUGGACCCACCACAUUAAUGCAACCAGAUGCCGUCUCGAACUGGCUUAAUAACGAAAUAAGUGACAUUCAAGCAACCAAUGUCUUUGAUAUUCAGCCUUUUAGCUAUAGUUCUCUCUCAUACACCUUAGUCGAUCAUACAUAUUUACAAUCUGUAGGUUGGAACUAUGUUGGAUUCUCACCCAUUUCGAACUCGACACCUGAAGUGGUCUCUACUUUCCGUCAAGAGGCACCCAACCCACGAUACACUAUGGGUCAUUCCGAUCUUGGUUUCAUUGCCAUAUUUCCUGAGGAAUUCGUUGUUACGAUUGAACGAGAGGUUAAGAUGUAUACUUUGGUCAAUGCGCUUGGUUUUGUGGGUGGUAUAUUUGGUCUACUGAUUGCCAUUCAAGCAUGGCUGUUUGGUUUCCGUCCCAGAUCUCCUUGGGGUGCGAUCCAUCGAUGGAGUACGGGUGAUAUGAAACGUUCACUAUUAAGUGGUCUUCGAUCCAAGUUUAAGAUUACAGAAUCGGGUAUUCCUCUAGUGCAUCCUGUGCAUCACCGGUUUAGUGUCACGGAUUUAAACCGUGAGGACUUUGAUGAACCAGAAAUCCAACGCAUUCAUCGUGUAGAAGAGCGUAUGCAAAUGUUGGAAACGUUGUUUAAGGCCUAUUAUGUGGAUGACGAAGUCUUUAGAUCUUUAGAUGAUGCGAAUCGAGCAGGAGAACUCAAUCGUAUAAAUAAUGCAAGAGCGGGUGGUAGUCAUGGUAUGAACGAUAGUGGGGAUUUCCGACCCUCCAGUGUUUUAGCAGAAUCACCUAGAAACGAAAAGAUGAUGGAUGAUGAAAUGUCAACUUUUACAAGUGGUAUGGGAAAGCUUCAUCAUCCUGAUAGUUUUCCUAAUGAGUUCUCGAGACAUGAUACCGACCAAAGCGAAUCAUCUAAUAUUCUUUUAAGUCAUACAACUCCUCAUCAGCAUAAUACAGCUACAUAA